CACCCGCCGCCUCCCAUCCCCUCCGCUUCCGACUGCUCCGCGAGCGAACGCAAUGGCUUCCCGGCGGCUCGCAUUGAACCUGCAGACGGCCCUGCGCUCCCGCGCUGCCAUCAAUGCCGUCAAGAGCAGCAGGAGCUCGCCCUUGACAAGAGGCCUUGCGACGCCCGUCUCCCAUGGCUCCAAGACCGAGUCCACCACCCUCACCAAUGGCUUCACGAUCGCUACCGAGCACUCUCCAUGGGCUCAGACGUCGACCGUCGGCGUCUGGAUCGAUGCCGGAAGCCGCGCGGAGACCGACAGGACCAACGGAACAGCACACUUCCUGGAGCACCUUGCUUUCAAGGGAACGCAGAAGCGAACACAGCAACAGCUGGAGCUUGAGAUAGAAAAUAUGGGUGGUCAUCUCAACGCCUACACGUCGCGCGAAAACACCGUCUACUACGCUAAGUCCUUUAACAACGACGUCCCAGCUACCGUCGACAUCCUCUCCGACAUUCUGCAAAACUCGAAACUAGACCCCCAGGCCAUCGAGCGCGAGCGCGACGUCAUUCUCCGCGAACAGGAAGAGGUAGACAAGCAGCUUGAGGAAGUCGUCUUCGACCAUCUCCACGCCACCGCUUUUCAGGGCCAGCCCCUCGGACGAACUAUCCUCGGCCCCAAGGAGAACAUCGAGAGCAUACAGCGUUCGGACUUGCUCGACUACAUCAAGACCAACUACACCGCUGACCGCAUGGUGCUCGUCGGAGCUGGUGGCGUCCCCCACCAGCAGCUCGUUGACCUCGCCGAGAAGUACUUCUCCGGACUCCCGGCCGAACCGCCGAACUACACCGCGAAGUCCAUUGCCGCAGAGCAGAAGCAGAAGCCCGAGUUUAUUGGCUCUGAGGUCAGAAUCCGAGACGACACCAUGGGCAGUGCCAACAUCGCCAUCGCUGUCGAGGGUGUCAGCUGGAACGACGAAGACUACUUCACGGCAUUGGUGACUCAGGCUAUCGUCGGUAACUGGGACCGCGCUAUGGGCCACUCGCCGUAUCUGGGUAGCAAGCUCAGCACCUUCAUUUCGAACAACAACCUCGCCAACAGCUUCAUGAGCUUCUCUACCAGCUACUCGGACACUGGUCUCUGGGGUAUCUACCUCGUCUCCCAAUCUCCCACCCGCUUGGAUGAUUUGGUCCACUUCACCCUCCGCGAAUGGUCUCGACUCUCCCUUAACGUUACCUCUGCCGAAACCGAGCGCGCAAAGGCCCAACUGAAGGCUUCCAUCCUCCUUUCUCUAGACGGCACCACCGCCGUCGCCGAGGACAUUGGCCGCCAGAUCAUUACUACUGGUCGGAGGUUAUCACCCGAGGAGGUGGAGCGCGUCGUUGGCGCCAUCACUGAGAAGGACGUUAUGGAUUUUGCCAAGAGGAAGCUAUGGGAUCGUGACGUUGCCGUCUCGGCGGUUGGCCAGAUUGAAGGUCUGUUUGACUACAACCGGAUCAGGAACGAUAUGAGCAGGAUGCUGUCAUAAUCUUCUGAUCAUAGGCGGGGAUGCGUGUAUAGCGGUGGGGUCGUGCGGGGAUAAGCGAUGGGCACUGUAUUUUGUGUACACUUAGCUGAACUGAUACAAGAAAGAUUUCCUUUGACGUGUCGAUAUGUGUGUCUCGGCUCUUCGAGCUUCGUGUACAUGUUUUGGGUUAGGAACGCAUGUUUGACACUGAGUUCGUUCAUUCAUCUCAGCUGU